CACUUCCCCGCUUCUGUUCUGUGCCUGUUCUCCGACCCAAGACGGCACACACACACACACUCUCUCUCUCUCUACUCUCUCUCUUUCUCUCUCUACACUCCCUCUCUAGCUGCAACACUCCGAGCAUAAUCAGACACCUUUCGUUUAGAGAGAGAAAACAUAGGGACGUGUUAAAAAACCCUAAAUACUAACGCUUCACUUCACAUUUUACUUCUCAUCUCUCUCUCUUAUCUCUCUACCAUCACCUUCCAAACGAAACCCUAGCAAUGGCGACUGGUACUGAGCUACGGCAAAUGGACCCUUCCAUCUGGAAAGCCUGUGCCGGAACAUCUGUUCAGAUCCCAACCGUCGAUUCUAGGGUUUACUACUUCCCCCAAGGCCACUCCGAGCAAUCAUCGUCUCCUCCGCUCUUCUCUCCUCUUGUUUCGUCCCAGCCGAUGAUCCUCUGCCGCGUCAUCGCCGUCCGGCACCUCGCAAAUCCAGACACCGACGAGGUUCUCGCUAAGAUCCGCCUCCUCCCCGUCGACCGAUCACGUGAUCUCCACCUGUUCCGAUCUAACACGAGACGAGACUGUGUCGGUGAGGACGAAGAAGACGAUGAAGAGAAGGUGGUGUCGUUUGCGAAGAUACUGACACCGUCGGAUGCGAACAACGGCGGAGGGUUUUCGGUGCCGAGGUUUUGCGCGGAUUCCAUAUUUCCGCCGCUGAACUUCUCGGCGGAGCCACCGGUGCAGACUAUAUCGAUUAGGGAUGUUCAGGGCACGGUGUGGGAGUUCCGACACAUAUACCGUGGGACGCCUCGGCGGCAUUUGCUUACUACUGGUUGGAGCAAGUUCGUGAAUAACAAGAAGUUGGUUGCCGGCGACUCGGUGGUGUUUAUGAGAAACCGGCGAAGCGGCGAGCAUUUUGUCGGAAUUAGGAGGGCAGUGAAGCCGAAUGCGGAUUCUGGGGGGAGGUGGAACUUUCCGGUGGGGUCUGUGAGAUUGAGGGUAGAGGAAAAUGGCGGGAACAGUGGUUAUGGUGGGGAAGAUGUGUUCACCAGGGGCGGAGGGGGGAAGGAUUCAGCGGAGGCUGUGGCAGAGGCUGCGGAGUUGGCAGCGCAGGGGAGGGAGUUUGAGAUUGUGUAUUAUCCGAGGGUGGGAUGGGCUGACUUUGUGGUGAAGGCAGAGAUUGUGGAGGAGUCGUUGAACGUGUUUUGGACGGCUGGGAUGAGGGUUAAGAUGGCAAUGGAGACGGUGGAUUCGUCCAGAAUGACUUGGUUUCAGGGGACAAUUUCCACGGCCAUGGUGCCCGAUAAUGGGCCGUGGCGAGGCUCUCCAUGGCGGAUGCUUCAGGUUACGUGGGAUGAACCUGAAGUUCUGCAGAAUGGAAAGAAAGUGAACCCUUGGCUAGUUGAAUACGUUGUGCCCACACCACCGCUUCAUUCCCCAUUCCCUGCCGCAAAAAGAUUGAGAGUUCCUCAAAAUCCUGGGUUGUUGACGGAUGGAGAGGGAGAACUCUUCUUUCCUAUGAGAGGAUUAAGUAAUUCAAUGAUGGGUAACUUGAACUCAUCGCUGAUGAAUUACAAUUCUUUUCCUGCUGGCAUGCAGGGAGCCAGGCAAGAUCCAUUUUGUGUGUCUGCUUUAUCCAACUUCAUAAGUGAAGGUGCCCGUCAGACAUGCAUUGAUAAUUAUUUUGGCAAUGACAUGACGCCAAAGUUGAAAACUGUGUCCACUGAUCUCAACAUUGGCAGUUCACAAUCUGAUAGCUUUUCGCCUGAUAGUCAGAGCAGCGUGCAUUUCUCUGAUGUAGAGCUAGCUGGAAGACGAGGCUGCAAUUCCACAAAAAAGGUUGGUAGUAGUUCAAUCCAGUUGUUUGGUAAGAUCAUCCAUAUGAAAGAGCCUGUUGAAAGUGGCUUUGAUGAUGUUGAUUGCACUGAAGAUAGAAGCUGUAAAGUGUACAAAGAAACUGAAGGCGUGAACAAUCUGCUAGAUCUUUCUUUGACCUACAGAAAACUGUUUGAUGGGCAUGAUAUCCAAUGUCAAAGGGGCUCCGCUUUUGAAACAUGUCAUUUAUGAACAACUGAUUGUGUCUACGUUAUCAACUUAGAAGCUGUACAGGUACCCAGGGCAGGCAGGGAGCUGACUUGUAGUCUUACUCUUGCGGUAGGCAUAGGCAGGAAGCUGACUUGUAGUCUUACUCUUCCGGUAGCAUUAUGUCUACGCCGUUUAUGUUAGUUUGCUGUGUUACAGAUCUGAAACUAUAUGUUGUAGACUUCGUUAUGAAUGUUCUAAUCAGGUGAUGGAUGUUUCCGAAAAUUUCUAGAUGAUGUCUUUAGAUUGCAUGAAUUUUCUUCUUUUCUCAAGCUCACUUGAUGCUAAUUGUGGAUGGAUGAAAAAAAAACCGGGUUGCCGGGUUCCUUGAUAAUAAGAAGCUAAUGAUACUUCCUGGUCA